CGCGGCCAGGCCGUGCUGCCGGCGGCCGAUGGCGGCGGGCGGCGGGGUAGGGCUGCUGUCCUUUCUGCGGCUGCUGGGGCAGCUCAAGAGAGUACCGCGGACAGGAUGGGUGUACAGGAACGUGGCAAACCCAGAAAGCGUCUCCGAUCAUAUGUACAGGAUGGCGAUGAUGGCUUUGGUGACUGAAGAUAAAAGCCUUAACAAGGACAGAUGCAUACGAUUAGCUUUGGUUCAUGAUAUGGCUGAAUGCAUUGUUGGAGAUAUUGCUCCUGCAGAUAACAUCCCAAAAGAGGAGAAACACAGGAGAGAAGAGACAGCUAUGCAACAACUGACCCAACUCCUAUCAGAGGACCUCAGAAAAGAAAUCUAUGAACUCUGGGAGGAAUAUGAAAAUCAGUCUACUGCAGAGGCCAAAUUUGUAAAGCAGUUGGAUCAGUGUGAGAUGAUAUUGCAAGCAUUUGAGUACGAAGAGUUGGAAAAUACACCUGGCAGACUGCAGGAUUUUUUUGAUUCAACUGCUGGGAAGUUUGUUCACCCAGAAAUACUCCAGCUUGUAUCUCUGAUUAACACAGAAAGGAAAAAAAGAAUAGCUGCCACAUCUCAUCCACAUUCCUGAGGUGUUCUUAAAUGUUGUAGCC